AGAAUGGGUUCAAGUAUAUCUUAUUCUAUAUAUGAAGAAAGCUAUCCGGAAGUGGAUUCAAGCGAUUGUGAAUUUUUUGAUGCUGUGGAUUCACCCGCGAAUCGCAGUGUUGAUGAAGAAAGUUUUUGCUAUGAAAGUUCAGCUUCUCUCCUGGAUGCUUCUAAUCUCGUCAAGGAGAUGAGUUCACAUCCUUGGAUCGUUAAGGAUUAUAAAUUUUUAAACAAAAAAGAAAAAGUACAGCUGUUAAAUAAAGGAAGCACUUUACUUUCCUUCUGCUGCCACGGCGGAGCGGGUUUAUCAGAAGCCGAAAAAAACAUCGUUGAUUCUUUUAUUAAUAUGAGUUACGCUUUUCAAGACGAAGUAAAGGAAAAUGGAGUCCCUUUUCUUGAUAUUAAUGAUGAACUCGACUUGAAAAAGUAUACCGUUUUUAUUAUGAAGGUCGCUUACCUUAUUCCAGACGUCACUUUAGAAACAAUAACUCCAGAGUUAAUAAGUAGCGAUGAGUACAUAUUAAAAUGUGUUCCGGGCCCUCCUAUACUUUGUUCCGGAUCUCCUGAUAAGACGACCUUCCGGAUAUCCAAAACGGUCAUUCCUUACAUCUAUAACGUCACGGUCCAAUUAAAAGUCUCAGAAAUUACAAGCCAAAAGGAUUUAGCGCGCCUCUCUUCUCUCGACGGCGCCAAAAUUGACCGAGCGCUGAUCAUGGAACGAACCAAAAGAAAUAUAAGUAAAUUCGAUUCAACGGCGAAAGCUAAAAGCCUUUUAAGCUAUAGAAAAGUAAAAGGAGGGCUUUUUGUUACAAAUAUCACAGUCAUUCUAAAUACUCUCGUGCCAGCGUUCAUCUCCCCAUUUGUAGAUCGCUUAG